AUGGUUGCUGCUAUCCAAUCGAAAGAAGAAUUCGCUGAGGCCCUCAAACACGACGGAUUGGUUGUCGUCGACUUCUUUGCCACAUGGUGUGGUCCCUGUAAAAUGAUUGCUCCUUUGUUGGACAAGUUUGCUGCUGAAUACUCGCAAGCAAAGUUCAUCAAGGUCGAUGUCGACGAAUUUGGAGAGUUGGCCCAAGAAUACGAAGUUUCUAGUAUGCCUACUGUGCUCCUUCUCAAGGGAGGUUCGGUUGUGACCAAGGUUAUUGGUGCCAACCCAGGUGCUUUGAAGCAAGCUAUUUCUUCGAACGCUUAG